AUGAAGAGGACGUUGCUUUCACUUUUAAUAUGCUUGUUGCCGUCUCUUGCUGCCAAUGAGUUUCCAGCAAAGAAUUUAUCCAAUGGCACAAGUGUUGCUGUAAUCGAUAAGGCUCGCAAGCUGCAGAGUAUUCAUGUCAUUGGAAGUAAUCCCCCACCAUGGCGCGUACCUCUUGCCCGUUGUGUUGGGGAUUGUGACUCAGACAAUGAUUGCGCCAAGGGGUUGGUGUGUUUCCAGAAGGAUCGCUUCACGGCGGUCCCAGGAUGUAGCGGAGGCGAGACGGAUAGCAGUUAUUCCGACUAUUGUGUCCGAGAAAGUGACAUUUUAUCAAGAGUCUACGUUCCACAGGUCCCUGCGACCGAAGAAAAUAAUGCCGAUGUACCAAGAGAUGGCACGAAGGCAUUCCCGAAGAUUCAAAAAAUUGGCAACAACAUUUUUGAUCAUCUUGGAUCAGACAAAUACCCCCUUGGUCUGUGUUCUGGAGACUGUGAUAGUAAUAGUGACUGUCGUGGGUCUCUUGUUUGCUUUGAGAGGGGUCGGAAUCAACCAGUGUUUGGCUGUUCUGGGGGAUCAAGAGAUUCCAGCCAGCAAGACUAUUGCAUCAGCAAGGACAGUGUUCUAGCUCCUAGCGACAGACCAGCGCUGCCAUAUACAUCCAGAAACUUUCGCUUAAAGCUGUACUGGGAACAAUCCUAUAGGUGGCAAGAAGAGACGCGAGAAAGAAAGUGGUGCAUGGUGUACAACUACCGAUCCCAAAGUUGCUGGCAUGGACUGAGGAGGCAGAGGUGUGCUCAGGACUCAAUUUAUAUCACCAAGUGCAAAGACAAGGAGAUACGGCAACAAUUUGCUUUUGAUUAUUUGGAUGGAGGAGAUGAAAUCUUGAUUCGCCUCGGAAGUGGGCAUAACAGGUGUUUUCAACGCCGUGACAACAGCAUUGUGCUACGCCGAUGCGACGCAAGCUCAUCCUUACAGAGAUGGUACGCACCCAAUGGUGACUUUCAAGGGUAUCGCUUUGAAAUCAGCCAACAAAACUACAAUAAGCAAUGCGUAACAACUGCGCAUCAUCCAAAGGAAGGGGAGGUUGUGGAAUUGCAUUCGUGCAAGCAAAGCCGGGAUCGGGAUCAUCAAAGCUCCUAUUGGAAUAUCCACUAA